CUCUGGAAAGAUAUAAAGCAGCUACAGGAAAUAAACCGGAACGACUUGUUUCUGGAUCUGAUGAUUUUACAAUGUUUCUGUGGGAACCAUCAGAAAGCAAGAAAGCGAUAGCAAGGCUCACUGGACAUCAAAAACUUGUCAACUAUACGAGUUUUUCACCUGAUGGAC